AUGACCCCUACGGGCGAGUCCUACGAGUUCUACCAGGACUCGGGCCCCAUCCUGCACGCCCUCGUCUCCCACCUCGCCGUCAAGGUCGCCGCCGCUAGCCGCACCAAUGCGCCUGAGCUGGCCAAGGACUUGCUCAAGAUGCUCUGGGUCUCCGGCCAGCAGCAGCAGCAGCAGACGUACACGCUUUCCAAGAAAGAAAAGCCCCGCAAGGCCCUGGACUUCUUCGACGGCGGCCUGGAGAUCUACCCGGGGAGCAAGAUUCGCCACUUCGAGACCCUCCACCGCAAGACGGGCAUUCCCUACGAGGACAUGCUCUUCUUCGACGACGAGAGCCGAAACAGGGACGUCGAGGCCCUGGGCGUGACCAUGUGGCUUGUCAGAGAUGGCAUGACUUGGUCCGAGCUGGAAGAGGGUGUCAAGGAGUGGAGGAAGAGGCGGGGCUAUUGA